UGACGUUCAGAUGAGAGCUGCACGCUCUAAAUACAAAUAGCCAAACAACAACAUUUGACUGUAUGCCGUGAGACAACGACAAAGAAAGCAUCUGAUCAUAGUGAUUUGGAUAUGUUUUCACCAGCUCUGCAAUUCACCUCCAUCAUUGUCGACAUAUGAGGCAGUACUUUGGAAAUUCCGGUGCAGUAAAUUGCAUGACUGCUGGGAAAUGAUGUGGGAGUGGGAUUCCCUCUCAAUGGCCUAUAAAAAACCAAGAGGAGAGGCUUCACUCCUCACACUUUCACUUCAGCUCCAGCAGCACUUGCUACUUUCUUUGAAAGCUCAUCAAACCAUUGGAGUUGAUCUUUGCAUUUCUUAUCGAUUUUUAUCCACUAGCAAACAAGUUAUGGCAUUUUUACCCAAAGUCCUUCCCCUGCUGCUGCUCGCAGUAGUGUGUGUUCAGCUGAGUGGAGUUCUAGCUAACGUACGGGACAGAUGUUGGUGUGUGGAAAAUUUGAAGAAAGGCCUCCGAAAGGACACUAUUGAAGAGUUCUCUGUUUUACCCAUUAGGCCAUACUGCGACCAAGUAGAAAUCAUACUGAAAUUAAAACAAGCGAGUAAUUCAAGUAAAGUCAUCGAGCGGUGCUUGGAUCCAAACACAUUGCAAGGAAAGAACCUGCAGUCUUGCUGGAAGAGCAAGAACAUCAAUAACACAGACACUUUUAAGAUGUCGGAUUGCCCAAUGGCUCAAAAAGCAUCAAGCCAGAAAUGAAAGUACGGAAGAGCACGGGAGAACAGAACGGGGGGAUUUGGAAACUCCAGAGACCCUGCAAGUGGAAUUCCAUCCUGUCACAUGACCCAGCACGGCCCAAUCAGGGAUUUGAGAGAUGGCCUCAUGCAGUUAAUGGGAAAUCACAGAAGAGCAGAGAACAGCCGCCUGCCAGUAUACUGCUGACGCAGAUGUUGUCCACAAAAGCGGUUUUGUUAUAGAAUUCACUUGCUGUAUGACUGAAACACUGAAUGUAACAUUACUCCAAGCAGUAUUUAAACUAUAUUUAAAUGUUUUUUUUUUUAUCAUGAGCUUAUUUAAAUUAUUGUACAAUGUUUAAUAUUAAAAUGUGCAGUUGUUACUAAGAAACUACUUCUGUCUGAUCAGACCCUUUAAUGUUACAUUAUAUUACAUCUUUUGUAAUAUAAUAUUACAUCUACACAUUUUUUGACAUGACGUUUUUUUAAACAUGAAGUAUAUUUUUAGGCCAGCUAACAAAAGAUUUUACAGUGUUCUUUUGUACUGUUUUGUAAUAAAUUGCAUAAAGACAA